GCCAAGCAAAGGCUCAGGUCGAGAUCAUUCUACAUAUUUUACAGAGACCCUUUUGAAUAGGAAUCGUUUGGAUCUCAAUCAAUUCAACCAUGGCGUUGCAGUGGGUGAUUCUCACUUACGUGGUGGCAGCUGAGGCAGCCAUCGCCCUUCUCUUGACCCUCCCUGCGCCGAAACUCUUGAAGAAACGUUUCGUUUCUCUCAUUUCCAUUAUUCUUCAGCCGUGCCUCUUCGUCGUCCCCUUCGCUGCUUUUCAGCUUAUGGAUCUGUAUUGGAAGAACGAACAUCGGUUGAUGUGUACCUCUGAGAUCUGCACUGCUGCUGAACGAGAUCGAUACGAGAAAUCUAUGUACAAAGCUCAAAGGAAUGCGAUUCUGUGUGUCGCAGCAUGCCUUCUUUACUGGUCAAUGUACCGCAUUUGCAAAUAUUACAAUGAGGUUCAGAGUUUGGAGGAAAUAGAAAAGAGAUACAAGGAUAAGUAAACUUCCCAACUGAGCCCAUCUUUUAAAUUUAGUGUAGAUGAAUGUGUCGAUUUAUAGUAAACUUUGAAUCGAAAAUCGACACCACCUUCAGGAAUUGUCACUAAUUCUAUGUUUUUGUGUUUUUGUGUGUUUGUGUACUGUUUCUCUCGCGGACUGUUUUUUGUUGUAGCUCUAAAACUACUGGAGCCUGUUAUAAAUGACGCUAGAGCAUGAAUUUAAUUUACAUUAUUCUUCCUUA